GUAAAAGUAAACGCAUGCAUGCUUGAAGGGUGGACGCUGUUUUCUCCCUCUGCGCUCAUUGCGAAGCGUAUCGGACUGCUCUCCUCAUCCCUCCAUCCGCGCCUGUGUCUCUGAACCUCCUCGCACCAGGACUCUCUCUCUCUCUCUCUCUCUCUCUCUCUCUCUCUCUCGCAAGGUGUUUCAACUUUCCGAAGGCGACAACAUUUCAGUCGACUCUUAAGGUAAACAGUUUAUUUGGGAAGGGAGACCUUCAUAUUUAUAGAGGAGAGCGAUAACGAGAGUGUGUGGCGUUUUGCCGAGAGGAGACCCGUUCGCCCGAAAUGAUUGGCUAUUUCUUCAAAUGAGAAAGUCUAAGAAAUGUCUUUUUCCCCUGGGCGACACCGUCAGCAUCCCAGCCAUAAUGUACAGGCGGAAACAAAUAUGUGGAUUGUCAAGAACUCAAAGAUCUCAAGAGUGCUGAAUGCUGAAUGCCAUUAACACCUUAACACCUGGCAUCAAUUUGCGCCAUUGAGGAGCACGUCUGGUCUUAUUUCACCUGUCACCUUCCCAUCUCCUUGCGAGAGCUAACAUCACUGAGAAGCUCCACCCACUCACCUUUUUGACCCCUGUUGCUAUGGAGAAUCUCAGUGAGCUCCAGAACCCCUUGCUGGACAAAAACAGUAAGCACAUGGUCAACGGCUAUGGGGGCGACUUCCCUAACAACCAGUACCAGGAAAACAUUAUUAAUUACUUUGCUGGAGGAGGAGGUGGAGGUGGAGGUGGAGGUGAGGGAGGAGGAGGAGGAGGAGGUAAGGUGAAUAACAGCAACGUAGUGAGCGGAGGUAGUUACAACACCAACGGGAAGAUGAAAUCUCAGCAGCUUUUGGAUGCCACAUCGCUGCAUCUGGCAGUAGAGGCCUUCUACAGACCCAACUUCAUCCUGUACAAAGAGGACAGUGGCAGCAUCAAGGCUAAGGAAUACAAAAGCGAGUGCUGUGAGACCACCUUCACAGAGAAGAAAGCGAAGGAGGCGUCCAACACAGCAGGAGCGGACACUCCUGGCACGGAGGACCCCCAGGCGAAGCUGCUGGAAGAGGGCGAACACAUCAAAAUCCAAACUGUUUCCUAUGAGGUUGAGGAGGAGGAGUAUGUGGAGUAUGAGACAGACUGCUCCAGCGACAGUGAGAGUGAGGACAACUUCAUAGUCGUUCCUCCACGAGAUCACCUGGGCCUGGCCAUCUUCUCCAUGCUCUGCUGUUUCUGGCCUCUGGGGAUUGCAGCAUUUUACUUCUCACAGGGGACCACCAAGGCAGUGAACAAAGGUGACUUCCCACUAGCCAACAUCGCCUCCAGACGGGCUUUGUUCCUCGCUGCCCUCUCCAUCACUAUAGGCACUGGUGUGUAUGUCGGGGUGGUGGUAGCUCUCAUUGCCUACCUGUCUAAACCAGGACACAUAUAGCAGCCGCAAACUUUCCUCCACACACCUCUGGGGAGCCCAGGAGGAGAACAACCCCCUCUUGGGAACAGCAUUGCUCCUGCAGACUUCGAAGGAAAGUUUUUCGGGGAUGUACAGUUUUUCCCUCCACCUUCCUUUCUUUCCAGCCUUCUCUCCCUACAGGCCCUCUGUCAGCCAAGAUUAGCCACAGUGACUGGAGAGAGGUCAAGCUGGAGGGUGAGAAGAGGGGGAAUUGGGGAUAGGCAAGGUUUUUUUGUUGAGACAGGGAGAGGGUUUGAGUAAUGGAAGUAUUCCAUGUUGGAGUCCAGUUUGAAUCCCAUUGACUUAAAGCCCUGUUGGUUUCAUCCUCUUUUGGCUGGUUUUUAACUUCCAAUACCCCUACAGAAACAUUGAGGAGAAAAGACUGAGACGAUAACUCCUUGAACAUACGCAAUUAUUAAAGAGCAGAGGUUGAGGAGGGUUAUAAAGCAACAAAAAAUCCUAAACCAACUCUAUGUUGUUAUUUGAACUGCAGUUAAAAUUGGAGCCCCUCCGUGGAGUCCUGUCUCCUCCUGUCUCCUGUCAUCUCAGUUUGCCACCCAGGACUGUCUUUAAUAGACCGUGAGCUUCCCUCAUCAACUCAAAAUACCAAGACUCCAUUUGUCUCUGGGCUGAGUGCCUCACAGUAUAUGAUCACACUCACAGAUACUUAAAUCAUGACAAAGGACGGCUUUCAUUUCCGGAGAAAACUUUAGAAAAGAAUACAGACCUACUGAUGAUAAUUUUGAUCAAUGAAGAAUAAAAGUCUGAGAGAAAAAAACAAUCAAAUAUGAUCAGACGCAGUUUCUUUUUUCUUAUUGAACAAUAUGCACUGGCAUGAAUAACAAGAAUCUGAAUGGGCCCUCAGGCCUGUAUUUAACCUCUGAGAAGGUGUCCAUCCAUCAAAGACAUGCCUUGACAUCUAUCAAAAUCUGUUCAUGCCAGAUAUGGUUUGCCUCCGCACAUGCAAAUGUGCUUUGUUUUUGUGUUUUUCUUUUUGUGUUCCCUGCUGUCUAAAGGCACCUUGAUCAAUCUCGCUUUAAGGAAUGUUCAUUUAUAGCCUUUGAAGUAAAGCACAGAAGUGUGGUGUCCAGAUGGUCAGAAAUUCAGGGGAAACGGUGUACAGUGACUCCCAAAAAACACGCAUCUGGUAACACAAUGUGAAAUGAAACAUCAGCCAUUCACAAUUGGCGAGGAAGUUAUAUAUCAGGUAGAAAAUGUCAUUAAAAGGCAGGCCUUACAUAUCCUCCAGGGCUGCACAUAUGAACAAAGUGUCGCAGUCUCACAGCUUUGAAUGACCGUGAUCAAUUAUUCUUUGCAUGACUCUAGCUAUGCCAGCAGUAUACUGCUACGCAUGAUUGAUUGGAUUUAGAAGUUGUUUUUGUCACAUCAUAAAAAAGCUUAUAUUAAAAUUGAUCAGGCAGUGAAGGGGCUCAUAUUUUGUCCGAUACUUUAACCCACAUUCCCCAUUCGGCUAUUAAAACAGAGGGCAGUUUAGUGUAAUAAACCAUUGAGACAUUUUAAUUUGUACCUUCACAAUUUCAAGAACUCUUACUCAAGUUGGAAAACAGACACUCAACAAAUUCCCUGAUUCUCUUUGUAUGAAGGGCUUAUUAAUUACUGAAAUUUUUGUUUGUGUUUUUAUAUUAUUAUAAGCCAGCCAGAUACUAGUUCAAGCAGUGGAGCCUCAAGAGGUGACAUUAUACACUUAGUUUCCCUGCACAGGUCCUGCAUUAGUCAUACCUGACAUUUAUGGUACACAAUUAGCUCCCUGUAAUGGCUUUUUCUGAAGGAAUGUGUACUCUCUGGAGCAUAGCCCUAAAAUAGCACAACCACAUUAAUUUCACUAAUAAGCCACUUUUGGCAUCGCUGGCUGCUGUCAAACCCUGCAAGUAAACAAUCCAUUUACACAUCCUCGGCUCUGUGAACAUUUUAAAAUAAACAUGUAAGUCAGUUCUGUGUGCUAAUGAAGAGUGAAUAUUUUACAUAUUCUCCACGAGGAUAAGUUUCUUGUGUGCUUUGCUUAAAUAAAACCGCAGCUGCAAGACUCCAAGCUUUUCUUAGAAUUUUAUUUUUGGCUGCCUGUAUGAGUAAACAUCCAGUUGUAUUUUGAUUAAAUGCAGUCAGGUAAUAAUAAACUGAAUGCUGAUUGAUUUCUAGGUAUUUGUUUGAAGCCCUAAGAUUCCCCUCAUUGAGUUUCUGGUCAUCUGAAAAGCCAGUUAUUACACUGUAUAUGUUAGGCCUUAUAAGCUCUGACCCCCUCUCACCACCUGUUCCAGUGGUAUCUCACACAUCAUGACCAUCACUGUAACUAUACUAAAAGACUCUGUACAUUUGCUUUCAUCUCUUGGAGAAAGUUUUAUUGCUGAUAAUGAUGAACAUGCUUUGUGUUCUGUAGCGUGUCAUUCAAAUGAUGUGUUUUCAUCUGGCUUCUCUGGCAACCUGGUAUUGUGCAAUGUGUUACAGCAGUAUGUGGGUUUCAAUGCUGUUGUUAUUUUCUUCUCAUCGUGAUGAGCUGAUGUACACAUCCACUCAACAAAUACGUUUGCUGAAUACAUUCCUCAAUGCCAGGGUGAUAGUGCUCUCUUUGUGUCGUGCUCUUAAGCCAAAUUAAAGAAGAUGACUUUUUUUAUUACAUUUAUGUUUUGGGGAUUUUCUUUUUUUGUGUGAAGGCAACAUGUACAUAGUGCAAAUAAAGACAUGUUCAAAUGUAAUGACAAAUAAAUCAGAAAGGAAGGAUAGCCUUUCUUAAAAGCAAAAA